UGCAAAAAAAAAAACAAAAAACUUCAACUCAACUCUUUUAAUAGAUUUUUUUUUCCAGUGGGCCCUCAAUAUAAUAAACACACUGGUGUUUGAGUAACUUUGAUGAUAUUUUUGUCUCACCUGAUAUGGGAAAAAGAGAUUUAUUUUGUUCUAUAAAGCUAAAAAGUACAUUUUGAGCAGAAAAGUAUUUUUUUUCUUCUUGGAAGGUGUGUCAGAAUAUUUGUCCCGAUGACAGCGGACGCUGACUUUGCUGUGAAGAGCAGCAGCAGCAUCAUGCGAGAAUGGAGCGGACAGGUCCAGCCUGCUCUGGUUGCAUCUUUUAUCUUCCUCUUCUGCUUGGAAGCCUGCCUCUGGUUCAGGAACCUGAGGCUUAAGAGAAGGCUGCCGGGACCCUUCGCCUGGCCCUUAGUGGGCAACGCCAUGCAGCUGGGUCAGAUGCCUCACAUCACCUUCACCAAACUAGCCAAGAAGUACGGUAAUGUAUACCAGAUACGGCUAGGUUGCAGUGACAUCGUGGUGCUGAACGGAGACAAGGCGAUACGUCAGGCUCUGAUACAGCACAGCAAGGAGUUUGCAGGCAGACCGAACUUUCACUCCUUCCAGAUGAUCUCUGGAGGCAGGAGUCUGACAUUUACUAAUUACAGCAAACAGUGGAAGGCGCAGAGGAAAAUCGCCCAGUCCAGCCUGAGAGCCUUCUCCUCUGCAAACAGUCAGACCAAGAAAGCGUUUGAGCAACACGUUAUGGCCGAGGCGAUGGAACUGGUGCGGGUGUUCUUGCAUCACAGCAAAGAUGGACAGUAUUUUGACCCUUCUCAUGAGUGCACGGUCGCCGCUGCUAACGUCAUGUGCGCUCUCUGCUUCGGGAGGCGAUACGGCCACAACGAUGUGGAGUUCAGGACAAUGUUGGCGAGGUUGAACAUAUUCGGUGAGACCGUCGGAGCAGGCAGCUUAGUGGACGUCAUGCCCUGGCUGCAGUCCUUCCCCAACCCGGUUCGCAGCAUCUACAAGAACUUCAAAAACGUCAACAAGGAGUUCUUCAACUAUGUGAAAGAUAAAGUGGUGGAGCACAGAAAGUCCUUCAGUCCGAAUGUGACCCGAGAUAUGAGCGACGCCAUCAUCAACGUGAUCGAGCAUGGAAAAGAGAGCGGUCUAUCAAAAGACUUUGUCGAAGCAACGGUGACAGAUCUAAUCGGAGCAGGCCAAGACACCAUAUCCACCAUGAUGCAUUGGAUCAUCCUGGUCCUCGUGAAAUACCCGGAGGAACAAGCUAAGCUACACGACCUCAUAGACAAAGUAGUAGGUCCAGACAGACUUCCUUCAACAGAAGAUCGCAUCAGCUUAGCAUACCUGGACGCCUUCAUCUACGAGACCAUGCGCUUCACCAGCUUCGUCCCACUCACCAUACCGCAUUCCACCACCUCAGACGUCAUCAUCGAAGGUCUCAACAUCCCUAAAGACACGGUGGUCUUCAUCAACCAGUGGUCCGUCAACCACGACCCUCUGAAAUGGAAGGACCCGCAUAUAUUUGACCCGUCACGCUUCCUGAGUGAAAACGGGGCCCUGGAUAAAGACAUCAUUAACAAUGUUAUGAUUUUCUCAACAGGUAAGAGGCGCUGCAUUGGUAACCAGAUCGCCAAGGUCGAAGUCUUUUUAUUCACAGCCGUCUUGUUGCACCAGUGUAGCUUAGCCAGCGACCCCUCUCAGCCUGUCACUCAGGACUGCUCCUACGGGCUCUCGCUGAAGCCUCUCAGAUACUGUAUCAGCGCCAAGCUCAGAGGAAAAUUACUUGACUUGGUUUCCCCGGCGUAAGCUGCAUGCGCUAACACUGUGACUUAAUUAAAGGGCCAGCACAGAAUUCCCCAUCAGUGACAUUUAACAGUAUAAGAUCCUCUUAUUUAAUAUAUUUAAACAUGCAUUGUUGUUGAGAGUACAUGUGGAAGCUAUAAUAUUAUAGAGGAAGAAUUCAGGUUCAUGGUAUUAAUGCAAGAAGUUCUCCAAACUUGAUCGAUUUUUUGUACAUAAAGAGUUAAAUGUUUGUUUUGCAUGAGCAUGUACAUGUAGCUACAUCCAUCAAAUGUCCAUUUAAACUAACGUUAUAAUAAUAAUGUAUUGUGAAUAUUAGUCACUUGUCUCUAUUGUGUUAUUUAGGAAUACAGUACCAGUGUUUUGUAUGACAAUAAAUGUUAUCUAUCUCACUAUCUACUGUAUUCAAAGCAUGUGAAAACAUUAAAUGGGUGAUGAUGAAAGGGAAGAAAAGAGAGUCUGUCAUCAAGGAGCAUCAGAGAAAAUGUGCACAAACUUUUUUUUUUUUUUUCUGCGGCAAGUGUUCCCCCGAGCGCCGCUUGCCAAACACCGUUCCCUUCAGUACACACAUUGCAGAUGUGCGCCAUGUUUUUUUUUGUUUUUUUUUUCCCAUGAGGCAUUACCACGACCAUGUUUGUUUACAAGGUUUUCAAAGCUACACGGAUGUUCCUGCGCCCUCUUUAUUCCUGCACGCUCGGUGCAUGUUUAUCUUUUGUAACUACUCAGCGGGGCUUCGUGUGUUGGCUUUAUAUGAUGAAAAAAAAUAAGCUAUAUCUGAAAUGAAUAUUAACAAUAAAAUAAAA